AUGCAGUUUUUGCUGGCUCAUUUCUUAUCGUAUGUCGAAUCUUGUUUGGUCUUAUGUCAUGAUCAAUUGAAAGUGAAGGCUAUUCCAGAGGCAGCUGAACGUUUCAUUCUAGGCUCACCUAAUUCAUAUUCACAAAUCAAUGCAGUCCUUUCCGUCUAUGGGGAUUUAGUAUACGAAGCUGAGCUAAAAGUUAAUCGUACUAAUUCAUCAACACCAUAUCAUUCCAUUAUAAAAGAUAAUUAUGGAUCACCUUAUAAACUUCAACAGAUUCAAGAUUGUCUAAAUUAUACUACAAGAUGUCUUGAUAUGAUAGAAUCAGCCAAAACUACGAACAGUUUAGAUGAAAUGAUUGAAAGUCGCAUGUUUUUGUACGAAUUAUUUUAUUUCAUUCGAGAUGCUAAAGAUUGUUUAACUCAACCACCACGUAAAACUAUUGAAGAGCAUUUGACCAAUCCUAGUCGAAAAUGUUUUUAUCCACCAAUUCCAAAAGAUAUUGUCUUAAGUAUGUUUAUACGUGGUGCAUCAUUGGUGUUUGCUGCCUACAAUUUAGUCUAUAAUAGCAUGGAAAAACGAUGGGAAGUUUUAAAUCGUUCAAGUUCAGCUGGACAUACCUGCACCAUUGCGUUAUCCACUGGGACACGAAAGCUACACAUCUGAUCAAUACUAAAUAGGACGAAACAUUCGUCUUCAAUUUCACUGCUAUACACCAAUCAGACCGCAAUAUGAUGAAUAUCUGGGCAAUAUUGAGGCCUACGGAUGGAAGUUCAUCUACCAAGAGAAGUCGAGCAGUUUGAUUCAGUAUAUCAACGGGAAAUUAUGAAUAUUCAAACAACUAGUGAUCAUGUAGAUGUCUUGAUUGCCACUUUACAUGAUUUUAUAAUUUUUAGUCAAAUAUUUAGGUUAUUGUUUACAUUUUUCUAUAUUUGUUUCGUUUUUUUUCUCGUUUUUAUCAUCAACCGGAACAGAUUGAAUGUGUUAUCCCUCGACUGCAAGAAACUUUGUCUUACUUGAAUGCAGCUAUGCGUACCUUAAUGUAUUUAAUGAAUAAACAAGAGAUUUUAUAAUUUGUCAUCUUGUUUUUUUUACUAUCAGUAACUUUCUUCAUUGUUUAUUUGAUGUUUUAAAAAUGAAUUGGUGUAUACUUUACUCAGUCAGGCGUAAAUGCCAAUUUUUCUUUUAUCUAUCGUCUCUAUGCAUAACUAAGGUUGAACAACAAGCACAGUGUGAUCUACAACUAUUGCUUUUAAUUAAAUAUAAGGGAACUUUUAAAACUGAUGAGUGAGUGAGUGAGUGAGUGAG